UGGAGCCACGGCCCGCGCCCUGCGCGUUAGCAUCCUCCGGGUUCCCAGCCCCGGGUGCUGAGCUCGCUGCUAUAAAUAGCAGGUUACAGCUUCUGCUUGGGCGCACACUCUCUCACUGGAGAACGCAGGAAAGUCAGCCCGAAAGUGUCUGCCGCUGCUAUCGCCCCCUACUCAGCCUCUGUGAGAGAACCCAAAGAAAUGGUGUCACCUGGCAAGAGAACUGCUGUGUUUCAUGAAAAUUCAGACCAAGCAUAAUUUAAAAAAAAUCACCGUGCUCUGACUGAUCAACACCAGUGUUGUCACCCGAGGAGUCACCGUGCUCUGAUUGAGGCCAACACCACUGCUGUCCCCUGAGGAAUCACCGUGUUCUGAUUGAGGCCAACACCACUGUUGUCCCCUGAGGAGUCACCGUGUUCUGACCAACACAACUGCUGUUAUCCAAGGAGCCUCUGUGCUCUGACCAAGACCAACACUGCUGCUGUCACCUGAGGAGUCACCAUGUUUUGACCAGCACCGCUCCUGUCACCUGAGGAGACACUGUGCUCUGACCAACACCACUGCUGUCACCCGAGGAGUCACCGUGUUCUGACUGAGACCAACACCGCUGCUGUCACCUGAGGAGUCACCGUGUUUUGACCAGCACCGCUCCUGUCACCUGAGGAGUAACUGUGCUCUGACCAACACCACUGCUGUCACCUGAGGAGUCACCGUGCUCUGACCCAGAUCAGCACCAUAGCUGUACACCUGAGGCAAACAACAAAAACGAGCCAUAAAACCAGAGAAAAAAUGAAUGCAGACCCAAGCUGUUGAGGAACACAACAUAUAUCAGAAUUUCACAGCGGGAUAUUAGAUCGUUAGAGUGAAGACACACCAGCCUUAAACCAGAACCCGUUCUCUGGUACCACUUGGACAAGACACCGUGGAAAAGAAAUCAGUUGUGUGGUGGAUCAUGGAAAUCAAAGAGGAAGGAACUUCAGAAGAAGGCCAGCAUUUUCUUCCUACAGCUCAGGCAAAUGACCCUGAGGAAAUUCAGUUCACAAGCAUCCAGAAGAUCCCCAAUGAACCACAGCUGGAAUUCAUCCUUGCGUGCAAGGAUCUUGUGGCUCCCGUCUGGGAUCGGAAACUGAACACAGUAGUGCAGAUCUCAGUCAUUCAUCCGGUGGAGCAGACCCUGACGAGGUACUCCAGCACGGAGAUUGUGGAGGGAACAAAAGACCCACUGUUCUUGACGGGUGUCACAUUCCCAUCCGAGUACCCCAUCUAUGAAGAGACUAGAAUAAAACUGACAGUCUAUGAUGUCAAGGAUAAGUCUCACGACACUAUUCGCACCAGUGUCCUUCCGGAGCACAAGGAUCCCCCUCCAGAAGUUGGGAGGAGUUUCCUGGGCUGGGCCAGUUUUGAAGUUGGGGAACUGCUGAGGUCCAAGGAGCAGCUGCUGUCGCUGAGCCUGAGAACCUCAGAUGGUGGCAAAGCAGUUGGCACCAUAGAAGUCAGCCUCGUGAAGAUGGGGGAGAUUGAGGAUGGGGAUACCGACCACAUCACAACAGAUGUGCAGGGACAAAAGUGUGCACUAGCGUAUGAAUGUACAGCAGCAGAAAGUGGGAGCGGGAAGGACAACUCACCUUUAUUAAAUGCAGUGUUAAGGAACCCUGUGUGUAAGCUCUAUAGAUUUCCCACUGCCGACAACAAGUGGAUGCGGAUCCGUGAGCAGAUGUCAGAAAGCGUUCUUUCUUUCCAUAUCCCCAAGGAACUGCUUGCCCUGAACAUAAAAGAAGACUUGUGUAGAAACCAGGAGUUAAAAGAGCUUGGUGACCUGUCUCCACACUGGGACAACCUACGGAAAAAUGUCCUUACUCACUGUGAUCAAAUGGUGACAAUGUACCAAGACAUUCUGACAGAACUUAGCAAGGAAACAGGAUCCUCUUUCAAAUCCAGCAGCAGCAAAGGAGAGAAAACGUUAGAAUUUGUUCCAAUAAAUCUACACUUGCAGCGGAUGCAAGUGCAUGGCCCUCAUCUCAAAGAUGCUCUCUAUGAUGUCAUCACUGUGGGAGCCCCAGCUGCCCAUUUUCAGGGAUUCAAGAACGGUGGUCUUCGGAAAUUACUCCAUAGAUUUGAGACAGAGAGAAGGAACACCGGCUACCAGUUUAUUUACUAUUCACCUGAAAACACAGCCAAGGCAAAGGAGGUGCUCAGCCACAUCAGUCAGCUGCAGCCUCUCAUAGCAACCCACGCCGACCUGCUGCUCAGCUCCGCCAGCCAGCGCUCUCCAGACAGCUUGAGGAGUUCUUUAAAGAUGCUCUCAGAAAAAACUGAGCUUUUUGUACACGCCUUCAAGGAUCAGCUGGUCAGGAGCGCUCUUUUAGCUCUCUACACGGCAAGGCCAGGAGGCAUCCUUAAGAAGCCACCCUCUCCUAAGGACAGCACAGAGGACACUUGUCCCCUGGAUGAGCCCCCUCAGCUGAGAAGACAAGACUCCAUACCACACCAUUCUGACUAUGAUGAGGAAGAGUGGGAUCGGGUGUGGGCCAACGUGGGGAAGAGCCUCAACUGCAUUAUCGCUACCGUGGACAAACUGAUUGAGAGAGACGGUCACAACGGAGGUGGUCCCGGAGGUGGUCCCGGAGGCAGCAGUGGUCAAGAUGGAGACACGGAGCUUUCCCUAGAGGAUUCCAUCACAUCUCACCCAAAGGAGGACUGGUAUGAACAGCUACAGCCCCUCAUCCUCACCCUGAAAGAGUGCAUGGGAGAGGUGGUGAGCCGAGCCAAGCAGUCCCUGACCUUUGUGCUGCUUCAGGAGCUAGCCUACAGCCUGCCCCAGUGCCUGAUGCUGACGCUGAGAAGAGACAUCGUCUUCAGUCAGGCGCUUGCUGGAUUGGUGUGUGGUUUUAUCAUCAAGUUACAUACAAGUCUGCAUGACCCCGACUUCCUCCAGCAGCUUCACACAGUGGGCUUGAUAGCGCAGUAUGAAGGACUGCUAAGCACCUAUAGUGAUGAAAUCGGAAUGCUCGAGGACAUGGCUGUCGGCAUUUCAGAUUUGAGGAAAGUCGCAUUUAAAAUAACUGAAGCCAAGUCUAGUGAUGACCUGCCCGUUCUCACAGGAAGGCGAGAACACUAUGUGGUGGAAGUCAGACUCCCAGCUGCUGUGUUUGAGUCGCUCCCUCUGCAGAUUAAAGAAGGCCAGCUGCUCCAUGUCUAUCCAGUUCUGUUUAAUGUUGGAAUCAACGAACAGCAGACUCUGGCUGAGAGGUUUGGAGAUGUUUCCUUGCAAGAAAGUAUUAAUCAAGAAAACUUUGAACUUGUUCAAGAAUAUUAUUCGAUAUUUACGGAAAAGAUGCCACCUGAUUAUAUUUCACAUUUUCAAGAACAAAAUGAUUUAAAAGGAUUGUUGGACAAUCUCCAUCAAAAUAUUCAAGCCAAGAAAAGAAAGAAUGUAGAGAUCAUGUGGCUGGCAGCAACAAUUUGUCGCAAACUCAACGGUAUCCGCUUCACCUGCUGUAAAAGCGCCAAAGACAGGACCUCCAUGUCAGUGACGCUGGAGCAGUGCUCCAUCCUGAGGGACGAGCACCAGCUGCACAAAGACUUCUUCAUCCGGGCCCUGGACUGUAUGAGAAGAGAAGGAUGCCGCAUAGAGAAUGUACUGAAGAAUAUCAAAUGCAGAAGGUAUGCUUUCAACAUGCUCCAGCUGCUGGCUUUCCCCAAGUGCUACCGACCUCCAGAAGGCACUUACGGAAAAGCUGACACCUAACUCUCCCAGCAUGGAAACAAACAGGAGCACAGAUACAUUGCGGUUGGAAGAUCUACACCUCUGUCUUUUUUGUUUUUUAUUGUUAUAAGUUUUUGGAGCGAGGUACUUAUGGGUGUUGUUCAUAUCCAAGCCAAUACAUCACUCAGAAAGUGACCCAGCACCACUAUGUCUAGUCAAUCUGUUCUCUUUUGUGUUAACUCUUACUGGUUGAUUUUAGUUCAGAACUUUAAGGAACUAAAAGUGCAAAGAAAUUUAAGAAUAGUGUCUGCUGGUGCCCAAAUAAAGAUCCUUGGCAGCUUGAAUUUCAUUUGGAGAAAUCUAGAGACACGAGAGACAUAUGUAUGAGGUGUUCCAUGACAGUGCUCUUAGUGUGUGUGUUUGCAGUCUAUCAUAGGUCAAUAUAUGUGGAGUAGAGAACCCUGUAACAUACAUGAGUCAUAAACAGUGAUGAAUUUACACAGUAAUUUUCAGUUAAUUGGGAUUUCAGAUCCGUCCUUAUGGUAAAAUACCCCUAUAUGUAAAAUUGCUAACAUUCCAAAUUACUGGUUUCCUUAGAGACCAACCACAUCGAAUAAGGUCAUCAUUCAAAAAAAUUAGCAAAUCAAGGCAGGUUGCUCAGUUAGAUGACUUCAGAAGAGUAAUUACAGCCACCCUUAUAUCUGUCUCUUUGAAACUUCCUAACCCGCCACUCCCGCCUUCUGCAGAUCGCUACACUAGCUAUGCAUGAACCGUCAGAGAGAGUCAAAUAGAAAUUAGGGUUUCUCACUGGAAUGCACACUUAGAGUAAAGCUAUCUGAAAGAAAAUCUGUACUCUUCGCAUUCUCACCAGUGGGAAGGGCUGUGCAAGCCUGUGUCUCCUCUGAGGCCACCAGAGAUUUCCAUCACACAAUGAAUUUUGUCACUUCAUCCAAAGUUGUACUUUAUGUCUUCACAGGUGACAUAAGAGCUGUUUGCCUAAGUUGCUUUCUGUGCAGGCUUAUCAGACAGACCUCCAGUCCCGUGCCGAGUAUUUCAAAAGUCUGAGAAUAGAUGAUAACCCCCUAAGGCUUCUACAUGGAAUUAUCCAUUUCUUACUUUGGCUAAUGGCCUAUGGCUUUUGCCAAAGCAAUUACCAAACUAUUUGUAGCCUUUAAAAAUGGAAAAAAUGCAUCUAAAUAUGGAAAUAAUUAUCUAAUGUUCUGAGAGCUAGUCUCCAUUUCCGUGAUUUAAUGUCAUCUUUUAAUUGUUUGAUAUUUAGCUAGGUGGUAGGAUUUGUGGCUAUUCUCAUUACUUUAUUGAGUUUAAGACAGUCGUGAUGACAGAGGUUUGUCUAGCUCUGAGCUGUUCUUAGUAUUUUAAGUGGUGAUAUUCAUCCCAGGACAUCUCAUGUGAUGUUUUUAGCUCAGAAAUGUUUUAUAAACAAUAAUUGUUUAUAUAUUUUUAUAAAUUAACCAUCUUAACUAAAAUAUGCUAAAUAUUUAUUAACUGGAAAGCCAAUAGUAAGGUUUUCCAGUUUUGUAUGACAUUUCAUAAGACAUAUUUUUCUUUGUCAACAAAUGCUAAUACAGAAAUAUCAAAGGUGGACCUGACUAUACUGUACCUGCAAAUGAACGUUUAUUCAUUGACAGCAUCGCCAUCAUUUCCAUUGGGAAUCUUAUGCAUCCUUUCUUAUUUCCUAAACAUGAUUGCGCUUCUCCAAAUGCACUCAGACAACCACUUCAUGACUUUCUGAAUCAAACCAUAAAUGAAAUAUUUUAGAAACUCCCUUGUACAAACGCAGGUGCCAUCAUGGAGUCCUCUCAGCUCCGCCAUACUGUUCUCCCCAUGUUCUCACUGGAAAGCUGCCCCGCCAGCAGGUCUAGGGAAAGCACACUGAGUCAAACAAUUUAUCAAGAAAAUGACAUUUCUAAACAACGCAGUCUUCUUUCUCACAAAUAAGAUUUUCUCCUACUUUCAUCAAAUGCAGGUAUCAAUUCUGGGUUAACUAUUUACAGAACCCUGGGAGAAACAUGUUAAAAGCACAAAAACCAAAGCCAUGAUUGUUAACCAAAAGUCUAGAGUGUGCAUCUGUCUUCCAGACAGCUAAAUAUACCCUCGAACCAUCUGACUGAACCAGGGUUAUUUUGUGUGUACUAGUUCACUAAAUUCCCACCUCAGCUUUUCUUCCUAUGUAUUGCUGUGAGUUUACACACAGUUUUUCCUCCUACGUAUUACCGUGAGUUCACCCACACACGGCUUUUCCUAACACUGUGCUCAGUCUGGUAAGCCAGCAGGGCCCUGGUAACUGAUGAAUGAUGUAAAACCUGCCCACUCCACAGUCAGGGCGAUUCUUCAUGUGCCACUAGUCACUCACGAUGCUGCUGCUUCCUACAAACAGGAAGUCUUGAAGGCUGCCACUGACUGCAUGGCACACCCACCCUUCCACAUGUUAAGUGGUUUUUGUAAAGUAGACCUCAGAAUGGCAAAAGGGAGGAAACGUGAUUUUUUUUUUCUAAUCAGAUCAACCCCCCUCUCCCCGCAGAGAUACUCUGAAAGAGACGUUCUCCGGGUUGUGCCCAAACUGGCACUAACGGAUGCAUGAGAAGUGGUUGUUGAGUCUUCAGGAAUGGUACAAACUGGUUGCGGCACAGUGGCAUAGCUAUCCAUAAGUCAUUAGAUGAAUUUAUUAAAAGUAAAGAUGACAAUCAAAGCUUAGAGCUUCCUAGAUUUUUAAAAAUCAAAUUCUGCAGUUUAUCCCGCUUCUAAGUGUUGUUGGCUCUGAUGGUUCUGUGUGGUGUAAAAGCUGUAUUGAUAACACGCACCUGUGAAUCUCCUGAAUCCACAUUUAAGAACGCAGUGUUGGUAUCUGGAAAUCAGCCAGUGCGGGAAUAUUUACACCACAGAAACUGGCAAAUGCUACAUACUAGGAUAUUUACAUCCUGAAGCACCAGUGGUUAAGCAGUUACCAACUAGUGCAUGGCUCUGAGUCAUUAGGACGGUUUCUCAGAAAAUAUCAGAUUAUUGAAGGGAGGUUACAGUUAUGAGAAUGGUUUUAAAUUAAAGUAAUCUGUAAUCAGGUUAUUAUAAUUUUAUGUUUGAUGUUUUCAAAUUUAAGGAAACAGGCAUGUCUAUACACUAAAGUGGAAACAUAUUUUUUAUAAUCAGUUAUUGAAUUAGAGGGCUAGUUUAAAAAGUGUCAGUAGUGUGCUGCAAGUGAUCUUCUUGUAACUAAUACGUCAGGACUAAAGUCAGGAAAUGGAAAGUUAAUUAUAAUAUAACCACAAUACACUUCAUCUCAAUUUCUAAGUGUAUGAUUGUGGCAUUGCUGACAGGAAAGCGGAAUGGUACCACUAUAUCCAAUGUUUACUAAGUUGAUCACAGCUGAAACCUGGAAUGAUUAGGUGAAGUAAGCACUGACAAUAUGCUGACAGAACCCAGAUGUAUGAAUUUGAUUUUCAAGUGACAUAUUAUUCUAGUUCAAUAAGAGGGGCACAAUUUGUAAUCUUUUACGAACUAAAUUAACUUUGGGGAAGGUUUGAGGCAGGCUUCUCUUUUAACACACAUUUCAGAACCUUGUUUGAGACUCCGAUCAGCAGGGUGGAGGGAAGCAGACAGAGUGGGCACAAAACAUCCCUGCUAUAACAAUAUACUCUACUCACAACUGAAAAAAAUAUUCAAUUUGCUAAGAGCUUGCACAACUGAUUGAAAGGUUUAACAUAAAUUUAUAUUCAUCUAUCCCACUUCCAAUCUGUGUAAGCUAUGACCCAUAUUUAUGGUAUUAACUUUUUAAGUAAAAUGUCCUUGUAUAGAUUAUCUUUGAUUUCUCUGACAACUUGAAAUUAGAUGUUUUUUCUUUGCAUCUUUCCACACAAAGAUGCAAACUAUAGCACACACUGUCUUUAAAAAUAGAAAGAUAAAAAUCAACAUUUUAGAUAAAAUACAGUCUGCCCAUUAAUAUUGAUUUAAGGAACAGAAAUUUUCACUCUGUCUUUAUGAGCAAUGAGACAUGUUAAUUUCUCUUUUAGUUUUAUUUCUAAGACUAUAAAAUACAUCAAAUAUGCAUCUGAUUGAAGGGGACGAGACGAAGCUUAACUAGAGAAAGGGACACAUGUAAGGACACAAAUCCUUCGAAUGGUCAAUCCAAUUGCUCUUCUUGAACUUGGAUUUUUACUCAGGCAUGUGUAUUUUAAAAAAAGAAGUUCAGACUUUAGUUCUAAAGAGCAUAGACAUUAGUGUAAAUUUGCAGCUUGUAAAAAUGCUUCUCUCCAUAAGCCGUAUGCUGUAGGUACAUAGCAGUACACUCUAUCUCUCAGUAACAGCAGUUUUUAAAGAUAAAGGUACAUACCAUUCUUCAUAGGAAGAAUUUCUACAGACAUUUUAAAUUAUUUUCCUGUAAUGAAAGGGCACAGUGUAGCAGAAUGUCUUUUGUGAUGGCGGUGUUCAUUAGUAGGCUCUAGACUCAAAUUUGGCCAGUAUGUCUAUAAUAUCUCUAUAAUUAUUGAAAUUAUUUAUGUCACCAUCAACAUCAUAACCUAUCUGUGUUGGAGAGCCUGCACACUUUUCAAAAUGCAGAACUGUCAUGGAUCUGCAUAUGCCACCCCUUGUGCAUGUAUUUUCUUCUGUUAACAUUUUGUCUUUUAAUGCAUUUUCAGAUUCUUGUGUUAUUCAUUUGAAAGGUUGACCUUUCUUUUUAUAUUAAAUGUAUAUCCUAGAUGAACCGAUAAUUCAUAUUCCCAGGAAAUGAACCUCAGGUAGAUAGAUCAUCUUAUAUUAGCAUUUGAAGAAAUAUAUCAUUCAUAUUAUUUUGUGUAAAUCAUAUUCAUU